AUUACAACGACGAAGAGAAAAAGUUAAGAAAAUGUCAAUGAAAAAGUAAAUGUAUAAAAAUAUCCAAAUGGCGGCAGGGUUAAAAAAUCUUCUAGCGCCAAAUUUUUAUUCUUAAUUCGUAAAAUUUUAAUAUUUAUCGUCAUUAAAACGUGUUAAAACUUAAAGAAACAUAAAAUAUAAACUUUUAAGUGUGAAAUUAUAUAAAAAUAUUGUAAAAAUAGACCAUGGAAACUCCCGAAAAUACACCGAAAAAAUCUAGUAGGGCCGCGAAUAGUAAUGUUGGAACGCCCGCCCAACCCACUGAACGAGAAAAACAUGUUCCCACUACGCCUCAAACUCCGAGUCGUGUUGUGGGCUCACUGGUCCUAUUGACGCAAAAAUUUGUGGACCUUAUGAUUAAAAAUGGUGGAGAAAUUGAUCUCAGAGAUGCUGCCGAAAUUUUGGAUGUACAAAAGCGUCGCAUAUAUGAUAUUACUAAUGUUUUGGAAGGCAUUGGUCUAAUUGAAAAGACUCGCUACAGCAGUGUGGUCAGAUGGAGAGGUGGCAUUGAUGGCCGGGAAGAUGAAGCUUAUCGCUCUUUGCAAGAUCACAGCUGUAAGUUAGUGGCUCUGGAAGCUGAAAUUGAUUUACAAUUAGACUAUGCCAAACGUAAUUUGAAGUAUGUUAAAGAGGAUGAAACGAAUCGUUCAUUUGCCUACGUUACCCGCGAUGAUUUGCUUGCCGUUUUUGGUGAAGAUUGUGUUUUCACAAUACCCAAACACUACGAAGAUGAGAAAAUUGUUAAACGAAAGAACUCACUACACAUCUCCCUCGAUAAUGGUAGCACCAUUGACGUACGACUGGUCACCGAUCAGGGACGCUGUUGUACAACAAAACCCGAAUCAGAAUCAAUACGACACUUUUCACGCCUCGAAACACCAUCGCCAACACUUUCCUCAUCCUCAACACAUUCGAACACAGCGGGUACGUUAACACAAACCACCACCAAAGCAAAUCUAGUCAACGAUGAACACACAUACUUUUGUAAUCCAGAAGUAAAAGAGGAAAUGGAGGCAUUAGAGAACAAAUUAACGGCACGUGUAAUAUUGCAAAAAUGUACGACGGGACAUUCUUUGAGGAGAUUUUAUCCCGAUGAUCCGAAUAUGGAAAAUCCCCCCUUGUUACCUUUAAAUCCUCCGCAAAAUGAUUAUAACUUUGUUUUAAGUCCCGAUGAGGGCAUAUGUGAUUUGUAUGAUAUACAACCCAGUCAAGUAAAAUACGAACAAAAUAUAUGAUGACAACAAGUGCUAGCAAGAUAUUCAGAUCUAUAAUAUUUAUCUCUUUUUCAAAACUCUUCUUUUUUAAACUAAACUAAACACAACAUAAUCAUGAUCUUAAACAAAAAAUUAUUAAAAAAAACAAAAAAAAAAUACCUAGUGCAAAUAUUUUAAUUAAUAAGUCUUAAAUAAAAUCUAGAUUAAUACUUAAUCUUAACAAGUAUCAAGUAGAAAUUUAAAGAGAUCUGACUAUAUUUGCUUUGAUUGUAUGUAUAUUUAAACGAACAUAAUAAUUAGUCUGUCUGCCUUAUUAUUUUAUUACAUAGUUAAUUUUUUAUUUUUAUUUUAUUUCAUUUAAUUUGUUCUAUUCAUAUUGAUCUUAUUGCGACUUCCCCUCCUGACUGCUUUUUUGCUUUGGCUAUUUUGUAAUUUUUUCAAAAGACUGGAAAUUAUUUUCCAUUUUAUUUCAUUUCAAAAUUAAUUUUAUGUUUGCUUAAACAAAUUAUGCAUAAGUUUAAGGAUUAAGUUGUAUUAAAUUAAAACAAUUAAAUUAUAUAAUAAUUGACUAAGGACUUUAACAAAUAAAAUCUCUUGACUAUUUAUCAAUUAAA